AUGAUUUGGCAAUAUCUUUUCUUUCUCUACCUCCUCCCACCAAUCGCUCUCGAUGCCGGUUAUUUCCUACCAAAUUCGGCAUUUUUCUCAAAUUUUUGGACAAUAAUUCUGUAUGCUGUAGCUGGAACAAUAUUCAACAUUUUAACGAUAGGUGGCACAAUUUGGAUGUUCGAGAGUUGGUAUGAUCACCAUUUGGGAAUUCUCGAUAUAAUGCUUUUCUCGACUCUCAUUUCAGCCGUUGAUCCAGUUGCUGUGCUUUCCGUUUUUGAAGAAAUUCAUGUCAAUCAAUUGCUCUACAUUUGUGUCUUCGGGGAAUCGCUGCUGAACGAUGCGGUAACAAUUGUGCUCUAUCAUUCUUUCAUUGGCAUGGUGAAAAUCGGGACUGCGAACAUUAUGAUUACUGAUUUUCUCAUGGCUUUUCUGUCUUUCUUGAUGGUUUCUAUGGGUGGAGUGUUGAUCGGACUUGUCUUCGUCUGCAUCACGGCGAUUAUGACCAAACUCUCAGUUAUCGUGCCAGUCGUUCAACCACUUCUCUGCUUGGUGCUCCCAUUCUUAUCCUAUCUCAUAGCUGAAAGUGUUCACUUGUCUGGGAUUCUAGCCAUUGUCACUUGUGGUCUCCUCAUGAAGCCCUACAUUGCGGGAAAUCUCAAUGAGCAAUCCUUGACCACUGUUAGAUAUUUUCUGAAAACGAUCACAUCAAGUUCCGAAGCAAUUAUUUUCGUUUUUCUUGGAAUGUCGACAUUUUCAAAAAGGCACAUCUGGGACAUUCUCUUCACAACGAUCACCGUUAUCGCUUGUAUUCUCUGGCGAUUUGUAGGCGUCUACCUAUUUACGUGGAUCGCCAACAAGAAAAGAUCCGACAACGGAAAGGAGUUCGCCAAAAGAUUGGUCAAAGAACUCGUGAACCGGUGGCCAAGCUGUCGAAUAGUGCAUGGUCGUCCUCGACACUCGCAGAGUCAAGGAUCUGUUGGAAGGGCAAAUCAGGAUGUUGAGAAAAUUCUAUGUACGCAAUUGAGGGAGCAACAAUCAACAAGAUGGGCUCGAAUUCUUCCGAUUGUCCAAUCAAUGAAGAAUCAACGUUAUCACCGGGGCAUUGGGCGAUCACCAUACGAAGCAAUGUUUGGUCGAAAAAUGCAACUUGGGUUUCUUGAUACAAUUGCACUAUCGAAUGCCGAGCGAAGCAUCGACGACAACGAACAAGAUACAAUCCAACAUUUUUUUCCGGAGACAGAUGACGAAGAAGAUGCUAUUGCUAUUGCGAAAGAAAAAGAAGAAGAUUUUGUUCAACGCGACAAAGAAAUUUGGCAUCAUCGUAAUGGAGCGGCUCUUCAACAACAGAAACAGGCCGAAAAUAGGCUCGAAAAAUCUAAAAACAGAUUUGGUGCUGUUGAGGUCGGACAAACUGUUCGUUUGCCAAUCGAUGCAGUGGAUCGUCCGAAAAUCGGCCAUUCAACGCUCUUCGGUGUCGUCAUGGAAGAAAACCAGGGAUUCUAUCAAAUCGGCACCACCAACGGUAUUCUACAGCAAAAACUGACAAGGAAUCAAUUUGAGCCCGCCAAUAAUAACUUCCUUUCGUUCGAAGAAGUGCCACAAGUCACAAGCAUUGCAACUUCACGAAUGGAUGUG